AUGGCCGACGUCGAGAUGUCUUCUGCUCCCAAAGCCCGAUCUAACCUCAGAUACGGUGCCAACAAGGGACGACCUACCACUGUCAUUCCCCGAUCUGUCAAACCUUCUCACAAGAAAGGUAUCAAGACCGAGAAGAAAACCUUUGUCAAAAACAUCAUCCGAGAAGUCGCUGGAUUCUCCCCUUACGAGAAGCGAGUAAUGGAAUUGUUGAGAAACUCAAAGGACAAGAAGGCUAAGAAACUCACCAAGAAGAGACUCGGUACGCUCCUCCGAUCCAAGAGAAAGAUCGAAGAACUCUCCAAUGUCAUUCAAGAACAAAGACGACAAACCGGUCACUAA